AUGUGUGAUAUUUUAAAGAUAUGUGCUACUGAUGGUAGAGCUCGCACAGGAAUUUUGUCUUUGUCUCAUGGAGAAGUUAGGACUCCCAUCUUCAUGCCAGUUGGCACCAAGGCGGCGAUAAAGGGGAUGUACUAUCCAAAAUUGGAAGAAUCAGAAUGUGUACUAUCUUUGGCAAAUACCUACCACUUGGCCUGCAGACCAGGAAAAGAAGUAUUCUUGGAAGCUAAUGGCAUACAUAACUUUACAGAAUCACAGAAAAACUUCUUGACAGACUCUGGUGGAUUCCAGAUGGUAUCUUUAUCUUCAUUAUCGCAAGUCACAGAAGAAGGAGUUUUAUUCAGAGAUCCAUAUGAUAGUAACCUUGAGAUCCUUCUAACUCCGGAGGAAUCAAUAUCUACGCAGAAUGCCAUUGGCGCCGAUAUUAUAAUGGCUUUAGACGAUGUAGUAUCAGCCACUAUAAGAGAUAAAGAAAGAUUGACGUUAGCGACACAUCGUACUACAAGGUGGCUUGAUCGGUGUAUAAAAGCUCACAAUAAUCCCGAAAAACAGCAAUUGUUUGCGAUAGUACAGGGUUCUAUAUAUCCAGAUUUGCGAAAAGAGUCAUUAAAAUCCCUCAAAGCAAGGAAGCUUCCUGGCUAUGCAAUUGGUGGUCUCUCGGGUGGAGAAGAUAAAACUGACUUCUGGAGAGUUGUUGAACUGUGUACGAGAGAAGGAAUUGGACUACCAAAGGAGAAACCCCGCUAUUUAAUGGGAGUUGGUUAUGUUCUAGACAUAAUAAUCUCGGUUUCUCUUGGUUGUGAUAUGUUCGAUUGUGUUUUCCCUACUAGAACAGCUAGAUAUGGAACUGCUUUAACAGAUUAUGGUUCAAUAAGAUUACAACAUGCCAUCUAUCAGUAUGAUUUUAGGCCUGUUGAUCAGGAUUGUGACUGUUUGUGUUGUGAGAAAUAUUCUAGAUCAUUCUUACACUAUAACUUCAAAAAGGGUAUCCUGACAACUAGACUCUUGACCAUACACAAUAUAAGAUACAUGAUGCAUCUAUGUAAGCGUAUGCAAAAGGCUAUAUCAGAGAGUACAUUUGGAUCAUUUGUCAGGGAGAUUCUAGAGAAGAUGUAUCUGGAACAAGGGGAACUUCCACCAAUAUGGGCUAGAGAUGCACUAUUAGCCGCCGGCAUAGACAUAUCGGAUAUGUAUACGGACGAUAUUGCUCCACAAAGAUGCUUCGACUAGACUUUGAUCUUUCUGUCAUUACCGGUACAAAUUUUCGUCGAUAAAUGCAGAAAUUUACU